CGAGCAGUCACGAAGAGGAAUUUCAGAGCGGUUUUAGUCGAGACUUUUCUUUAGAUUUACGCCAGUAUGCAAGAUUCAGAGAGAGAAGCACUUCGUAAAAACAGGCAGGCUUUGUUAAAGGAUUUAGAGGCAAAAAAGAUCGCGUCUCGGCUUUUUUCCUCUAACAUUUUCAGUGUAGAAGACAAAGACGAAGUCAACUCCAAAGAAACCAAGAACGAUCAAGGAGAGGCUUUAUUAGACAUUCUUCCUCGUAAAGGACCAAAAGCUUUCAAGGCAUUCUGUGACGCUUUGCACGAUGUCUCUCCUCAUUUGGAGUCACUUCUAAGGCCAAUUCAAGCAGAGGGUAUGCCAACUGAAGGUACUGAUGGUGGAAUCAGCACCAAGAAACCUAUUCCAAGCACUAUCAAUCCAGGAGCAGCAGAACAUGCAGAUCAAGCUGAUGCUAAAUUGUUUUCAUUUGGAGGCAGCUCUGGUUCCAAACCCUCCUCCAAUACUUUGGACACGGAGACUGUAUACAAGAUGGACCAAGGAACGCGGGGAAUUGCCAUCAUCAUUAACAACAAGGAGUUCCUGAGGAGUUCAGGAAUGGAUCGGUAUCCUCGCAAUGGAACAGACGUCGAUCGAGAUGGUUUGAGUAAGCUUUUCAGAAUGCUUAAGUUUGAAGUGAGGGUUUACAAUAAUCGUACCAAGGCUGAGAUACGUAACACUGCAAAGGAGAUGGCGAAUUACAACCAUUCCAACUACAAUGCCUUUAUUUUCUCGAUCCUUACUCACGGUGAAGAGGGUGUGAUUUAUGGUACAGACGGGACCCUUACCAUCAAGGAAAUCACAUCAGAGUUCAAAUAUUCUGCAUCUUUGGCCGGGAAGCCUAAACUCUUUUUCUUCCAAGCUUGUCAAGGCCACGAGUACAUGGACGGUAUGGACGUAACAGACGCCCCGCAAGAUAAUCGAGUCUCUGUCCCAGCUGAGGCAGACUUCCUUUAUGCCUACUCCACUGUGCCCGGUUACUACUCAUGGAGGAACUCUGUCAAUGGAUCGUGGUUCAUUCAGUCGCUGACAAAGGUGUUUGAAGAUAACGCGGAGCGCAUGGAUAUCCUCCGCAUGCUGACCCGUGUCAACGCCAUGGUGUCCACCUACAAGUCGCGAACUGGCGACUAUUACUCUGACAGCAAGCGCCAGGUUUCUAGUAUUGUUUCCAUGUUGCGCAAGGAACUGUAUUUCUUCCCUGAAAACAUCGAGCGCAGUUAAAUCAGACCGUGUUGUUACUUAAUUUGGAUUGUAUUAAUGUGAUUAAUUUACUUAGUAUUGAUGAUUUAAGGGAGUCGUGCCUAGACUUGAAGGAUGUUUAAAGAACUACGUCAAAAUAUUUAAAGUCAUGUUUUGUCUUGGGAAAAAUUGCCUUCCCCUUGAAAGAGAUUUAAAAAUAUAGAAACAAAUACAAAAGAUGUAAUAAUAAACGGAGAGGAAAUGAGGUCAGCUAAGGAUGGAGAAAAAUAAAAGGAUUUUGAGAUGUCAAACCUGAGAAAUGUGGUCUAAUUUUUUCAAGAUCCAUAAAGCUGGCCGGCACAUUAAUAACAACAUCUUGAGAAAGUUUGGAUUAAUUUUAUCUUUGCGAAGAUGCAUUAUUAACCAGUAAAUGUUUGGUGUUAGCUUAUCUUCUUUCGUCUUUAUCUCUUCCUCCACAUGACUGAAAUUAUCUUGACGUAGGUCUUCUGACGCAAAGGCUCAGGAGCCCGGCUCUCGAAAGGCUCGGUUACAUUAUGGUCCCGAAGCCAUUCUAACGAAUAGCAUUGUGGGUCUCAGCUCAAAAACGAGGCCAUUCUUUACGUUUCCUGAAAUUUCAUCGCGCGCCUGAGUCUUAAAUGUAAACACGAGAACUAAAAGGCCUUUUACGUGCACGGUGAUUAUAGGGACUUUCGAGAAACGGGCUCAUGGAUAGACAUAUCGAAAGUGUCAUGUCGCUUUGGUGUUCUUUGAAUUUUGGUGGAUUUUUUGGUGUGUUUAGGGCCAAAAGAAGUUUUUUUCAUCGGUGAUAUUAAUGUAGUGUUUAUAGUAGACUUCAAAAGCUGAUUUCCAAGCUCAAAGAUACAGAUUAUUGCCUUUAUUCUUGCCUAGUAGGGUUACCUUUCUUUCUAAAGGUUUCCCUUUUAUAACGAAUAUCUAGUAUUGUCGCGCUUCCAGCGGAAGUGAGAUCAAAUUAGUUAUUGAGCUUGUUUGUAUUACCUAUUCGAAACUAGCAUUUGUAGGUUUGGUCUCAGAUGAAAAUUUGAUUAUUUUAGUGUGGAGUAGAUUUCUCAUGAAACCUAUGUUAUGCCUAAAAUUGGUUACUACUGCUGUAGUGAUUUUCGGUCUUCCUUUCACAACAGAAAUGUACUGUUUUGUUUCUUAUGUAUAUCAAAAUUAAAGAAAUAGCGAUGUCAUUUUCCUCGGUUUCUAUCAUUUUUCGUACCAUUUAGCUAGUAUUUGUCAUUUAAUGUGUUGUUCUUCUCCCUUGUAGUGUUUAAUGUUAUAUCUUCCAUCAGACAAGUUAAUUUAAAUUUGGAAAAGAACUCACAUUGAAAAGAAGUCGGAUUGUUCAAAAUACGAUUUCUAUGGGUCAUGUUUAGAGUAACGUUUAUUUAGUUAUGUAUUUUGUAGUGUAUGAAAAUAGAGGAAAGUUCGGCACUCGGACCGAAUGCGCUGAUGACGGGAAAAUGUCAAAGCAGUGUCAAAAGAAACUUGUUUGGCAUGUUUUCAUCGUGAAAUAGAUCAAGGAAAAAUUAGGAAAGUUGUCUAAGGUAUGUCGUAUGUAAGGGGCGAAUAAAUGGGUGUUUUUAUAAGA